AUGGAGCUUUCAGAAACCAGACCAAGUCAGCCCCACCACCGCCAACAACAUCGUCAGAACCAUCAGCAGUAUUUGCAGCAGCAGCAACAAAAUCAGUUACAGUUGCCUCCGUUGUCGCAGGUUGCUGUGGUCCCUUUUAAUGGAGGAAGAGGAGGUCCCUCGUCUUUCAUCAAUGUGGGCUCCACCAUCUCCAUCCAAGCUGGCCUCUCUGCUGCUACGGCUGCUUCUGCUUCUUUGUCACCUUCUCCUACUUCUUCUUCUUCGUCGUCCUCGUCAUCUUCAGCUCCGGUUAAUUCUCUCAUCGAUGCCUCUCCUGCCAUCGACAUCCCUAGAUCUGACCCUGAAUCAUCUGCUGAUCCAUCCAGGCUUCUGCUCGAUUCGAUCAGGAGACAAGAAGUUCGGCGACAGUUGUUAAUCUCUACAGGGACGGCGGCGGCAGUGGCGGCGAGGAAUGUAGGUGCGAACAGGCCGAAAACGAAGGACAGACACACCAAGGUUGAUGGUCGUGGCCGGAGAAUUAGAAUUCCGGCAGGCUGUGCGUCUAGGGUUUUUCAGUUAACCAAGGAGCUGGGUCUGAAGUCCGACGGAGAGACGAUCGAGUGGCUUCUGCAGCACGCGGAGCCGGCAAUCAUGGCCACCACUGGCACCGGCACGUUGUCCUCAAACUUCUCAACUCUCAACCCGUCGCAUCGGAGUGGUGGGUCCACUUUCUCGGCUCCGCCGACGAGGUUUGCUCCGAAUACAUUUCAUGGAGUUGUAGCACCCUCUGCUAAUUAUCAGCCUUUCGAAGAACUGUAUCCGCGUUCUACUUUGUUAGGGUUAAUGCAGCAAUAUCAACCUCAGCAACAAGACGACCAAAUUCAUCUAUUGACCGCCGGUCAAAUUCCAGAAGAGCUACCAGGUGCCGCCGGCGGAGCAGUGAACGUCGGAGAAUCCACUGAAGAUUAUACGAGAAAACGUUUCCGAGAAGACUCUAUCCAAGAACAAAUACAACAACGCGUGGAUGUUGACUCGCAAUUUCAGAAGCAACCACAACAGCUGCUGCAAAAAGGACCUUCGACUUUGAACGUCCUUCGUCCACCUACCAAUUUCCUCCGCACCCCAAUGUGGGCGGUGGCGCCAUCUGAUCCCGGCGGCGGCUCUGUCGGUAGCACAUUUUGGAUGCAAAGCAGCUGGAGUGGAGGUACUGGUGUCGCCGCCACAGACAGCGUCAGUUAUGGAUCAUUUCCGACGGCACAGACUGGUGGUUGUGGAAGCAUGAAUCAGUUUCAAGGCUCGCCGCAAUUCAGUUAUCCCCAUGGAAAUGUCGAAUUUCGAGGUGGUGGGAGUGGCGGAGGUCGUCUGCAACUGGCACCGACGUCGUCGUUUUUGCUGCCUCCUCAGGCUCAGAUGAUGGAUCAGUCCGACGUGGCUGCAUUGAAUGCUGCGUUUCCUAGUGUUUGUUUUGAGAAUGUGAAUUCACCAGACGACCUUCAUCAUCUUUAUCCUCAAGCUGAUGAUAAUGGAGAAUAA